CCGAGCAGUCAGUCAACUAAACAGUAGCAGUAUGAAGAUUUUAGUAGCAGUGUCGCUUUUGGUUUUGGCCAAGUUCAGUCACCAGCAGACAGAUUUCUGCAGCUCUACGUUGUGUUCAGCCGGAACUACCCAUAUUGCGUGCAAUGGAUUGACGGGACUUUCGCCAUCAUGUGGACCGGAUGCAGUCGAACUGAAUCUAGAUUCGACAUUGCAGGCGUUGAUUCUAGAUUUGCAUAAUGAUUACCGUAGUACGAUUGCAACAGGCAACCAAAAUUAUGCAUCCAAUAGCUAUUAUCCGCAGGCACAACGGAUGGCAACAAUGGUUUGGAGUAAUGAGUUGGCAGCGGUAGCGGCAGCCAACGCUCGGCGAUGCGUAUUCGGUCACGAUCAAUGUCGGAACACGGAUGAUUUCAGGGUGGCCGGACAAAACAUCGCAUCGAAAUCGUACUACGGCAUGACCAUCUCAGUAAAUGAACUGAUUAAAGGUUUCGUGGAUGCUUGGUACUCCGAAUAUGUAUACGCCAAUCCCAGUUACAUUGCCAGUUAUCCACAAGAUUACACAGGCCCUGCCAUUGGUCACUUCACUCAGGUUGUGGCGGAUCGUGCAACGCACAUUGGAUGUUCGAUGGUAACCUAUCAUGAAUCCCCUUGGAUUAACCAGCUGUUUGUCUGCAACUAUGCUAUAACUAACAUAAUCGGCCAACCAGUGUAUCAGAUUGGUAAUUAUUGCUCCAUGUGCACGACUGGGUGCAAUCCGCACUAUCCUGGUUUGUGCAAUAUAGGAGAAGCUAUUAAUCCUAAUCCGUGGUGAAUAAAGUUGUUUGAAGAGUUAACAUUGAAAAUAAACAUUUUAAAACGUUAAA